CCAUCCUCAACGAUGGUCUCGAAGGUCUCGAAGGUGCUAUAAAUACGAAAGACAGUGAACGGUGAGGCACCAUUCAGGCACGGUUUACGCUGGUCGGUGAUAGGUUGCUUUAAUUUUCGAUCCACGGAGCACUGUAAUCAAACAACGCACACACGGAGGUGGACAGUUUCUUUCACCAUGAACGUGUUUCAGCCAUUGCUGACGAUCGCAGUGCUGCUGCUGGUGUGUGGCAUUGCGCUGCCUGCCCACGCCGAUACGUUCAAGUACGAAGAUGGCAUUCCGGAUGGGCGCUGCCCGCAGUACGACAACCCGAUGAGCCCGGUCCAUCUCGCCAUCCCGACCGAUUGUACCAAGUUCCAGAAGUGCUUCAACGGGCGUGCCUUCACGAUCAGCUGCCCGCCCGGCCAAGAGUACGGUGUGCAGCUGCAGCGCUGUGACUAUCCCAUCUUUGCCCGCUGCCAGCAGGGUUACGUGAAGCCACAGCCGGCCGGCUUUAGCUACGAUGCGGGACAGGUCGACACACGGUGCCCGCGGUUCGAUGAUCCAAUGAAUCCGACUCACCUGGCGCACGCCACGGACUGUAGACGGUUCUUCAAGUGUUUCGAUGGCCGCGCAUUCGAGCUGGAGUGUCCAAUUGGGCAGGAGUGGGGCAUUCGGCUGAACCGUUGCGAUUAUCCGUCCCUUGCACGGUGCUCUCUGGGUCGGCAAGCGGAAAAGCCAGCCACUGAGGGUGUCAAGCAGAAGGUUGUGGAGAAAACCGAACAACAACCAGAGCAGACCAACGAAGAGUCAUCCGUCGGCUUUGCUAAGCCAGUGCGAGCUGGCUUCAACUAUGAUUCGGGCGUAAACGAUGUGCGCUGUCCCAAGUUUGACGAUCCCUACCGCCCGAUCCAUCUGUCCCAUCCGACCGACUGUCGCAAGUUCAUGAAGUGCUUCGAUGGGCGCGCCUACACGAUCGACUGUCCGGUGGGGCAAGAGUUUGGGAUGCGCAUUAACCGCUGCGACUAUCCUCAGUUUGCCCAGUGUUCGGUGCAGAAGAAGAGCCGCAAAAGCUUGGGCAAGGCGGCUGCCAGCGAUGAUUACUACUACGACGAUGACUACUAUCUGGACGACAUUCCGCUCGAUUCGGCCGAAUGGACGCCGGAGCAGCGCGAGAUGAUUGAGGGCAUUAAGGAUGGACGCUGCCCGCAGACGGACGAUCCGGCCGAACCGAUCCACUUCAUCCAUCCGCGGGAUUGUGGCAAGUUCUACAAGUGCUACGAUGGGCGCGCCUAUCUGAUCCUGUGCCCGGCCGGGCAGCACUGGAGCGUGCGGUACGAUCGGUGCGACUACCCGAAGGUGGCCAAGUGUACGAUUCGCGGUACCAUCAUUGCACUGUGCCUGAUUGCUUGUGUGUCGGCCCAGUACGACUACAACAGCUACUACCAGGUGGGCAUCCCGCAAGACUACAACCAGCAGUACAACCAGCAGUACAACCAGCAGUACAACCCGCAGUACAACAAUGGCCAGUACAACAACAACCAAGCCCCGACCAAGGCCAUCCCGGAUGCGCGCUGCCCCCGUACGGACGAUCCGAUGCGCCCGGUCCAUCUGCCGUACGCCGGCCACUGCGACAAGUUCCUGAAGUGUACCGGCGGUCUGGGCUUCGUCAUGGACUGCCCGGCCGCUUUCAUCGUUCUCGCUGUCAUCGUGGCUGGCGUCGCGGCCGCCCCCCAGUACCCGGAAAUGUCGUACAACGCGUACAACAUGCCGCAGGAGCCCCGCUUCGAGGCGUACAACAUGCAGCCACAGUACGACACCCAGUACCAGUACCAGCCCCAGUACCAGGCCCAGCCCCAGAGCGAGCAGCUGACCGCCGACGGUUACAAGAUCGUGCCCGGCAUCGUUGAUGCCCGCUGCCCCCGUGCCGACGACCCGAUGAAGCCGGUCCAUCUGCCAGUGAACGGAAACUGUGGCAAGUUCAUGAAGUGCUUCGGUGGCCGCGCCUACGAGAUGGACUGCCCGGCCGGGCUCGAGUUCGGCUCGAAGUCUGCAAACUUCCAACCAUGCAGCCGGCAGUCAAACACACCCGAACAGUUCUGUUCCGGGUCGCGUGUUGUUCGGUUAGAAUCGCUCUCCACGACUUCUGGUACGAUGUCGGUACGUCUAAAGAUUAUCGCCUUGCUUCUGGUUGGCAUUCUCGAUUGCCUCGCCGGCCAAACGGUAGUUUGUGAUGGUGUUGCGGACCAAGCUUUUCCUCACGAAAGCGACUGCACCCUGUACUACAUCUGCUCGAAUGGCAACAAGUAUCUGCUGUCGUGCUUUAACGGAGAACACUUUUCACCAGUAACGCUGCGCUGCGAGUCACCGGAAGUGGCACAAUGUGAUCCUAACGUUUCCACGUUGCAACCCAAUCCAACCGGCCCAACCGGUCCAACAGUGCCAACCACACCGACCCUAACGUCACCCACCAGUUUGACGGUUGUGCCUACGGAAAGUACCACAACUGAUUGGACAGGACCAUCGCUACCCACUGUUCCAGAAGUUACUGUUACUGAGUCCACGUCCGAGCAGGAGACGACAACCAGCACGAUAUCAAUCGAGCCUACCAUUACCGUUCCCACGGUUGGAACAGCCGCACCACCAACGGUACCAACUGCAGCGCCUACUACUGCCACUCCUUCCAUCAGCACGACGGAAGAGGCUACCCCCGCUCCGGAAACUCCUGAUCCGGAAACGCCUACUCCUACUCCGGAACCACCUACCCCUACUCCGGAAACACCUACUCCAGAAACACCUACUCCGGAAACACCUACUCCUGCUCCGGAAACGCCUACUCCUGCUCCGGAAACUCCUGAUCCGGAAACGCCUACUCCUACUCCGGAACCACCUACUCCUGCUCCAGAAACACCUACUCCGGAAACACCUGAUCCGGAAACACCUGAUCCGGAAACGCCUACUCCUGCUCCGGAAACUCCUGAUCCGGAAACGCCUACUCCUACUCCGGAACCACCUACUCCUGCUCCGGAAACACCUACUCCGGAAACACCUGAUCCGGAAACACCUGAUCCGGAAACGCCUACUCCUGCUCCGGAAACUCCUGAUCCGGAAACGCCUACUCCUACUCCGGAACCACCUACUCCUGCUCCGGAAACACCUACUCCGGAAACACCUGAUCCGGAAACGCCUACUCCUGCUCCGGAAACUCCUGAUCCGGAAACGCCUACUCCUACUCCGGAACCACCUACUCCUGCUCCGGAAACACCUACUCCGGAAACACCUACUCCGGAAACGCCUACUCCUGCUCCGGAAACUCCUGAUCCGGAAACACCUACUCCUACUCCGGAACUACCUACUCCUGCUCCGGAAACACCUACUCCGGAACCACCUACUCCUGCUCCGGAAACGCCUACUCCUGCUCCGGAAACUCCUGAUCCGGAAACGCCUACUCCUACUCCGGAACCACCUACUCCUGCUCCGGAAACACCUACUCCGGAACCACCUACUCCGGAACCACCUACUCCAGAAACACCUACUCCGGAAACGCCAGCUCCGGAAACGCCUGAUCCGGAACCACCUACUCCUGCUCCAGAAACGCCAACUGCUGCUCCGAUAACGCCUGAACCGGAAACGCCUUCUCCUGAAUCGGAAGAGUCUAAUGAACAAAACGGUGCUCUGUCCUUGUCAACGCUCGCGGGUGUGAGCGCCCAGGAACCAGAUUCCCGGUGCCCGCUGGUAGAUAAUCCGCCCUUUCAUCUGCCGCACGAAACCGAUUGUGGCCUGUUCUACACCUGCUCCUAUGGCAAAAAAUACCUGAAAUCGUGCCCCGUGAACCAACACUUUGGAUUCCAACUGCAACGCUGCGACCAUCCUUUCUACGCGCAGUGUACCCUUGGAUCGGGAACAACGGCUAUCCCCACUAUCCCGACUACGACCACAGUAUCGACGGCAUCUCCAACUACUGCUCCAACGCAACCGACGACCACAACACCACCUACCACCGUAUCUACUACUACGUCGGCCACUACCACUACGACAACUGCAUUCACUACUACUACUACUACUGCAGCGGCCACUACUGUACCGACGGCCCCAACACCAGGGCCUACGGGAGUACCAACUACUGCACCAACUACCGCACCAACUACCGCACCUACGACAGCACCCAUCGACACCACUACUACAACGGCAGCCACUACCACCGUAUCGCCCACGACCGUGGAAGUUCCCACCGCGCCAACAUAUACCACCACCGCUACCAUACCGACUGCCCCGAGCCCAAUUCCGACGGCCCCAACACCUAGUACAACCGUGGUCGGUAGCACGACCGUCGCGGACAGCACGACCGCCGAUGCGACAGUACCUACCGUACCGACGGCCGCGUGUGCACAUGUAACGGACUACCGGGCGCGGGCCGCGGCUACAAAAGCCUGCCACCGACAACAGGGCGCUACUAGUACUGGCCAGCGGAUCGAGCCGGAGCCAAUCAGCUUCACCAUGGUCUGCCCACGUUGGGUUGUGCGUGUGACGACGUGUUUGGUCGUGGUUGCGGCCUGCCUACUUCCAGCCCCCAGUGCCGCUCUCAGUGAUCCCUGCUCGCAGAGUACUACGCUAGCGCAUCCGACCGACUGUCGCAAGUAUCUGGAGUGUGUGGAUGACAAGCUCGUGCUGCUGACCUGUGGCUUUCAGUAUUACAACGCAUCCAUCGGUGGGUGUACGAACGAGCUGCCGGCGAGUAGCUGCCGCCAGCGCAAGGAGGACUCGAUUGUCUCGCUCGACGAAACAUACCUCGGUCGUGCCAUCAUCGAUCCGUGCGCAUCGUCCAAGCCAGGCCUCAAGCUGCCGCACCCGGAAAACUGUGGCCUGUUUUACCAAUGCACUCAGUACGGCGCGGCCCUGUUCGCUUGUCCGGCGAAUCUACUGUUCCACGUGAAAAUGAGGGUUUGUGUUUGGCCGCAGCAGGUUGAGUGUGCUCCGGGCGCUGAUUUACCGACCGGAACGACCGCCGGGCCGAACACCACGCCCGGACUGGACAAUGAUGGCAACAUUGUUCUGCCCGAUGAAAUCUGUGAGCCGGGCUGCUUCCUCGAUCUGCGGUGCCCGGUAGACUGUGAUCCGAUCCUGCCACCGAAAGCCUUCCCCCAUCCGAGCCGUUGCGAUGCGUACUUUACGUGCAACACGUUCGGCUACUCCUGCAUCACCGAGUGUCCCGUGGGCAUGUGGUUUAGUAACGUUUUCCAACGCUGUGUAACGCCCAACCUGUCCGACUGCACGCCGGUCGUGCCACCCAUCUGUAAGGUGCCCGACUGUCGCCCGAACCCGGAUUGUCCGGUGCCGGAUACGGUUCCUCCGACGAAGCUGCCUCAUCCGGAACGGGACGAUUGGUACUACAUCUGUCGCGAUGGUACGUCCUGCCAGAUGGCCUGCCCGCCCGGGCUGGUGUGGAGCCCCAUCUUCGAAGAGUGCACCUUUGAUCCGGACGAUACGGAAACUCCAACGCCCGAGCCAACGACCACUACGAUCGCUCCCGCUACGACAACUACUACGGCGGCUCCUGUUACUACGACAACAACCACGGUGGCUCCUGUUACUACGACAACUACCACGGCGGCACCAGUUACUACGACAACUACCACGGCGGCUCCAGUCACUACCACCACUACAACGGCAGCCCCUAUCACUACCACCACUACAACGGCAGCUCCUGUCACCACGACGACCACCACAGUGGCUCCUGUAACUACCACCACUACCACGGCCGCGCCAAUUACCACCACGACCACGCAAAUCACCACCACCCCGGAGGUGGAUUGCCCGACCUGUCCGCCCUCGAACUGCUACCCGGACAACCGGUGCCCGAAGUGCGAAAAGUGUGACCCAACCUUCUUCCCGCACGACGACUGCGACAAGUUCUACAAGUGCAACUUUGGCCUCAUCUGCGAGAUGCGGUGCCCGCCCGGGCUGCACUUUAACGCGCGCGAAAACGUGUGUGACUGGCCGGCCCAGGCCGGUUGCGAGUAUCCGCCCAUCAUCGAGGAGCCGCCAGAGAACGCCGCCUGCCAUCCGAACCCGCUCUGUCCGCCCGGCAACGGGGUGGAAACGUUCCUGCCCCAUCCGGACAACUGCACGCUGUUCUACAAGUGUAGCUGGGGUAACGCCUGCCUGAAGGAGUGCCCGGACGGGCUGCACUGGAGCAAGGCGAAGCAGCGCUGCGAAUGGCCCAAUCUGGCCGGCUGCGACCCGAACAUACUGCCAGACGAUCCGAACUGUCCGACCUGCCCGUGCAUACCGUGCCGGUCGAAGCGGAACGCUUGCCAACCGUCCGAGCGCUGCCCGCCGGCUGGCAAACGCAGCUUCUCGCUGAGCUUCAGCCACGAGCUGCACUGCAACCAGUUCUACGAGUGCCUGUCCGGCCAGGCCUGCAUCCUCGAGUGCCCGAAGGGUCUCGAGUACAGUGGCGGUGAGGCACGCUGUGAUGUACCGAGCAAAGCUCAAUGUAGCCGUUGGUGGAAAUUCAGUCAGCAGUUCGAUCAGCUUGAAUUCUCUGGUGCCGUGGCCGCAAGCAUCACACCAUCGAUGAAGCAGCUCUAUCUGGCAGUGCUUGCUGCCACACUGCACCUUGUCCAGGGUCAGGGUUCGUGCGUCCCGGGCGUUACCUGCGAAACGUUCAACUGUACCACGGAUGCCCGGUGCCCGGCGGUGAACCCGCCGCAAGGUCCGGUCCUGCUGCCCCAUCCGAACUGCGCCAAGUUCUACAAGUGCUCCAAUGGGCAGGCGUGCGAGUACGACUGUCCGGCAAAUUUGCACUUCAACCAUGUUGAGCAGGCGUGCGAUUGGCCGGAACGGGCGUGCUGCGACAUGAACAUACCCUGCCUGCCGCAGGAUCCCUGCAUACCGGGCGUCACCUGUCCACCGACUGGACCGUCCGAUCCGCCCACCACUGUAACGCUACCGCCACCAACCGCACCCACACCGGCUCCACCGACCGCACCCACACCAGCCCCACCGACCGCACCAACACCGGUCCCGACGGCUCCAACACCGGCCCCACCAACCGCACCAACACCGGCACCGACGGGCUGCAUUCCGGACCCGCUAAGCUGCAACCCGUUCGAGGAUCCCAACAAUCCAACCUUGCUGCCGCACGAAACCAACUGUGGCCAGUUUUACAAAUGCAACCUCGGCGAACGCUGUCUGCUGUCCUGCCCGCUCGGUCAACACUUUUGGCCGGCGGGAGGCGUGUGCGAACGGCCGGAGGUGGCUUGCUGUAAUCCGGCACUGUGUAACACGAGCCCCAGCCAGUGUGUGGAUGAUGUCCGCUGCCCACUAAUCGAGGAUCCCAACUUCCCGACCACAUUCCCGUUCCCGGGCAACUGCUCCCGGUUCUACAAGUGUGAUCUAGGGAGGCGCUGCCCAGUGGACUGCUGGCCUGGCACCCAUUUCAGCGCCAGUACGGGACGUUGUGAGGCACCGGACGAGGCGUGCUGCGAUCCGGCCGUACCCUGCCGCGGAGCUACCGUUCGCAGCUGUGCGCCCGAUGCGCGUUGUCCGCUGAACGAUAAUCCGUUCGAUCCGACCGUCCUGAAGCACGCGGACUGUACCCGGUUCUACAAGUGCGAUAACGGGCAGGCCUGUGUGUUGGAGUGUCCGCCCGGGCAGCACUUUAGGCAGGAUACGCCAACGACGGGAAGCUGCGACUGGCCGGAUCUGGCCUGCUGUGAUCCCAACAUUCCGUGCACGGGACCAAACCCCGGCGUAACGUGCCGUUCCGAUAGCCGCUGCCCGUUGUUCGACGACCCGAACAAUCCGUUGCUCCUACCGCACACCAGCUCCUGCGCUCGGUUCUACAAGUGUACGAACGGGCUGGCAUGCGAUCUGCCCUGUCUGCAUGGACACUUCAGCCAGGCGUUGCAGCGCUGUGAACGACCCGAGGUCGCCUGCUGCGAUCCUGCCGUACCGUGUGAAAACACCACGCCUAUGCCUACGCCUGUACCAACGCCUGCUCCAACGCCUGCUCCUACUCCCGCUCCUACACCUGCUCCUACACCAGCUCCUACUCCUGUACCGACUCCAGCUCCAACGCCUGCUCCAACGCCAGCUCCUACUCCAGCUCCCACUCCUACACCCAGUGAUCCUUGCAUUCCUGGAGUCACUUGUCCUCCAGGAGAUGCCGGUAACUGCGUCGUGGAUGCGAGAUGCCCGGCAUGGAAUGGACCUACCCCAACGCUCCUACCUCAUCCUUCAAACUGCGGCAUGUUCUACAAGUGUGACAAUGGGCGAGCCUGUGAACACAACUGUCCAGCUGGAUUGCACUUCAAUCCUCUGAUCAGCGUGUGCGACUGGCCGCAUCAGGCUUGCUGUGACCCCACGAUACCAUGCAAUCCUCCCUGCAUCCCAGGUGUAACGUGCCCGCCUACUGGGCCUACGCCUGCCCCAACUCCUGCUCCAACGCCUGCUCCGACUCCAGCUCCAACGCCAGCUCCAACGCCCGCUCCGACACCAGCUCCAACGCCUGCUCCUACCCCUGCUCCUACCCCUGCUCCUACUCCAGCUCCCACUCCUGCCCCUACUCCAACUCCCAGUGAUCCUUGCAUUCCUGGUGUGACCUGUCCACCAAGUGAUGCUGGUAAUUGUAUCCUAUACAAUAGAUGCCCACCACGAAAUGGAGCUACGCCAACGCUUCUGCCUCAUCCUUCAAGCUGCGGAAUGUUCUAUAAGUGCAACAAUGGAUUUGCUUGUGAGCAGGACUGUCCAGCUGGAUUACACUUCAACCCAAGUCUCAGCGUGUGCGACUGGCCAAGCAGUGCCUGCUGUGACCCGACGAUACCCUGUGAUCCUCCAUGCAUACCGGGAGUUACUUGCCCACCAACCGGACCUACCCCUGCACCAACUCCAGCCCCUACUCCAGCUCCUACCCCGGCACCUACCCCAGCACCAACUCCUGCUCCUACUCCUGCUCCAACUCCUGCUCCAACGCCCGCUCCUACUCCCGCUCCUACUCCAGCUCCUACUCCAGCUCCCACUCCAGCUCCUACUCCAACUCCCAGUGAUCCUUGCAUUCCUGGAGUCACUUGUCCACCGAGCGAUGCUGGUAACUGUGUCAUGGAUGGUAGAUGUCCUCCCAGAAAUGGAGUCACGCCCAAACUGCUGCCUCACUCAGCCUGCGACAUGUUCUACAAGUGUAAUAAUGGAUUCGCCUGUGAGCACGACUGUCCAGCUGGAUUACACUUCAACCCAAGUCUCAGCGUGUGCGACUGGCCAAGCAGUGCGUGCUGUGAUCCAACGAUACCCUGCGAUCCUCCAUGCAUACCCGGAGUUACCUGCCCACCAACCGGUCCAACUCCUGCACCAACUCCAGCCCCUACUCCUGCUCCAACCCCAGCUCCUACCCCAGCACCUACUCCUGCUCCUACUCCUGCUCCAACGCCUGCUCCAACUCCCGCUCCUACUCCUGCACCGACUCCAGCUCCAACGCCAGCUCCAACGCCAGCUCCAACUCCAACUCCCAGUGAUCCUUGCAUUCCUGGAGUCACUUGUCCACCGAGUGAUGCUGGUAACUGCGUCUUGGAUGCUAGAUGUCCCCCAAGAAAUGGAGUCACACCGAAACUUCUGCCUCACACUGCUUGUGACAUGUUCUACAAGUGUAACAAUGGAUUCGCCUGUGAACAAAGUUGUCCCCCCGGACUGCACUUCAAUGCCGAUCUCAGCGUCUGCGACUGGCCAAGCAGUGCGUGCUGUGACCCGACGAUACCCUGCGAUCCUCCGUGCAUCCCUGGAUUGACAUGUCCACCUACCGGUCCUACCCCGGCUCCAACUCCCGCUCCUACUCCCGCACCAACUCCUGCACCUACUCCCGCUCCAACUCCAGCACCAACUCCCGCUCCUACUCCAGCUCCUACUCCAGCUCCGACUCCCGCUCCUACUCCAGCUCCUACUCCAGCUCCUACCCCAGCUCCUACUCCAGCUCCCACUCCUACACCCAGUGAUCCUUGCAUUCCCGGGGUCACUUGCCCACCUAGUGAUGCUGGUAACUGCGUCGUGGAUUCAAGAUGCCCGCCCAGAAAUGGAGUCACGCCCAAGCUGCUGCCUCACUCAGCCUGUGACAUGUUCUACAAGUGCAACAAUGGAUUCGCCUGUGAACAGAGUUGUCCUCCCGGACUACACUUCAAUGCCGAUCUCAGCGUGUGCGACUGGCCAAGCAGUGCGUGCUGUGACCCGACGGUACCCUGCAACCCUCCGUGCAUCCCUGGCCUAACAUGUCCACCGACCGGACCUACCCCAGCGCCAACCACCGCACAGCCACCUAUCACUCUGCCCCCACCGACGUUGCCACCGCCCACUCUUCCUCCACCCACGGUAGGGCCAACACCUUCUGAGCCGUGCGUGCCGGGUGUAACGUGCGAACCGAGCAACUGUCAUAACGACAUGCGCUGCCCGGCCCAGGACGGCCUAACGCCGACGCUCUUUGCUCAUUCGGAAUGCCACAAGUUCUACAAGUGCUCCAACCGGAAGGCCUGCGAGCACUCCUGCCCGCCCGGGCUGCACUUUAAUGCGCGCGAGUUUGUGUGCGACUGGCCGGAAAGCGCCUGCUGCGAUCCGACGAUACCCUGCAACCCGCCCUGCAUUCCAGGCGUCACGUGCCCCCGAUCGGUGCGGCUUUAGUGCCACACUACGGCAAUGACACUCACGCUAUUGAAACGAUAUCGAAUGUACCCGAAUGAAUGUUUGAACGUAUAGUAUUUAACCUCUAUCUAUAUCUUAUUCACUUAUAAACUAGCCGAUAGAAAUAACGAUUGGCACGGAAAAAGUAUUAUUUAUCUGCAUAACUGAUAGUUUUCAGUGGCACCUAUUGGCACCAACUGUUAACCGAUAGUUUAAGCCGGGUGCAGCAUCAGCACCGCACCAAAACAGUACUAACCCUAACCAUGAUUGAAUACGAAUACUAACCCCCAAUAUAUAAUCAACGCAAAUAAAUAUACACAACUAAUCUUGCAACUAUUAAA